CCGGCAGCGCAGCGAGCCGCGGGGUGUCGGCGGCGGCCCUGUGAUGGCGGCGGCGGCGGGGCGCCGGCAGCCGCGGCGGCUGGGAGCGCCGGGGGGGCUGUGCCGCUCCUAACUCGGCGUCGGGCCCCUGCGCCAUGGGGAGGAGCCGCGGCGGGCGGCUGGCCUGAGGUCGGCGGCGACAGCGGAGGAGCGCGGCACUGCCGAAGGGGGGGGCCCCGCCGCGGGGGCCGCGACCCGCCCCGCCGGGGAUGUUGCGGUGGGUCCGGCAGCAGCUGGGUUUUGACCCACCGCAUCAAAGUGAUACAAGAACUAUUUAUAUAGCAAAUCGUUUUCCCCAGCAUGGGCAUUAUGUUCCUCAGAAGUUUGCGGACAACAGAAUCAUAUCAUCCAAGUAUACAGUGUGGAAUUUUGUUCCAAAAAACUUAUUUGAGCAGUUCAGAAGAGUAGCCAACUUUUAUUUUCUGAUUAUAUUUUUGGUUCAGCUCAUGAUAGAUACCCCUACUAGUCCUAUUACCAGUGGAUUGCCAUUAUUCUUUGUCAUAACUGUGACAGCCAUAAAACAGGGUUAUGAAGACUGGCUACGACAUAAAGCAGACAAUGAAGUAAACGGUGCUCCAGUUUAUGUUGUUCGAAGUGGUGGCCUUGUAAAAACUAGAUCUAAAAACAUUCGGGUGGGGGACAUUGUCAGAGUAGCCAAAGAUGAGACUUUUCCUGUUGAUCUGGUGCUUCUGUCAUCUGAUCGAGCCGACGGUUCAUGCCAUGUUACUACGGCAAGUUUGGAUGGAGAGACCAAUCUUAAGACACAUGUUGCAGUCCCAGAAACAGCAGUGUUACAGUCCGUUGCCAACCUGGACAAACUUGUAGCAGUUAUAGAAUGUCAGCAGCCAGAAGCAGAUCUAUACAGAUUUGUUGGACGAAUUACUAUAAGUCAACAAACUGAAGAAAUUGUACGACCUCUUGGACCUGAAAGUCUAUUACUUCGUGGAGCAAGAUUAAAAAACACUAAAGAAAUAUUUGGUGUUGCGGUGUAUACAGGUAUGGAGACAAAGAUGGCAUUAAAUUACAAGAGUAAAUCUCAGAAACGGUCAGCAGUAGAAAAGUCCAUGAAUUCCUUUUUGAUUAUUUAUCUAAUAAUCCUCCUAUUUGAAGCCAUUCUGAGCACUAUUUUAAAAUAUGCAUGGCAAGCUGAAGAAAAAUGGGAUGAGCCUUGGUAUAACGAAAAAACAGAACAUGAAAGAAACAGCAGUAAGAUUCUAAGAUUUAUUUCAGAUUUUCUUGCUUUUCUAGUACUUUACAAUUUUAUCAUACCUAUUUCACUCUAUGUGACUGUUGAGAUGCAGAAAUUUCUUGGAUCUUUUUUUAUUGGCUGGGAUCUUGACCUCUAUCACAAAGAAACAAACCAGAGAGCGCAAGUAAAUACUUCAGAUCUCAAUGAGGAAUUGGGACAGGUAGAGUAUGUGUUUACAGACAAAACUGGUACGUUAACUGAAAAUGAGAUGCAGUUUCGGGAGUGCUCCAUUAAUGGCAUAAAGUACCAAGAGGUCAAUGGUAAACUAACUCCAGAGGGAUUUUCUGAAGAUUCUCCAGAUGGAAAUAGGCACAGUUUGAUGAAAGAGGAAGAACUCUUCUUGAAAGCAGUUUGUCUUUGUCAUACAGUGCAGAUCAAUGCAGAUCAAACAGAUGAUGCUGAUGGUCCCUGGCAUGCCAGUGGAGUAGCAUCCCCGUUGGAGUAUUAUGCUUCUUCACCAGAUGAGAAAGCUUUAGUUGAAGCUGCAAGCCGAGUUGGAGUAGUAUUUAUUGGAACUAGUGGGGACAGCAUGGAAGUAAAAAGUCUCGGAAAACCAGAAAGGUAUAAAUUGCUUCAUGUUUUGGAGUUUGAUCCAAAUCGCAGACGAAUGAGUGUCAUUGUAGAGAGCCCCUCAGGGGAAAAGCUUUUAUUCACAAAGGGAGCCGAAUCUUCCAUUCUUCCACGUAGUAAGAGUGGAGAAAUAGACAAAACAAGGAUACAUGUGGAUGAAUUUGCUUUGAAAGGACUAAGAACUUUGUGUGUAGCCUACAGAAGAUUCACGCCGGAGGAGUAUCAGGAUAUUGGCAAACGCCUUCAUGAGGCCAGGACUGCCUUACAACAACGGGAAGAAAGAUUAGCAGAUGUAUUCAACUUCAUAGAAAGGGAUCUGGAAUUACUUGGGGCUACAGGAGUAGAAGACAAACUGCAAGAGAAAGUCCAAGAAACUAUAGAAGCACUCAGGUUGGCUGGUAUCAAAGUGUGGGUACUCACUGGAGAUAAGCACGAAACGGCUGUUAGUGUCAGUUUAUCAUGUGGACACUUUCAUAGAACCAUGAACAUCCUUGAGCUUGUGCAACACAAGUCAGACAGUACAUGUGCAGAACAACUGAGGCAGCUAGCCAAGAGAAUAAAGGAAGACCAUGUUAUCCAGCAUGGACUGGUUGUGGAUGGGACCAGCCUCUCUCUUGCACUCAGGGAACAUGAAAAACUAUUCAUGGAAGUUUGCAAAAACUGUUCUGCAGUGUUGUGCUGUCGCAUGGCACCCCUUCAGAAAGCAAAGGUAGUGCGACUGUUAAAAACGUCUCCAGAGAAACCUAUAACAUUAGCAAUUGGUGAUGGUGCUAAUGAUGUGAGCAUGAUACAAGAAGCACAUGUUGGCAUAGGAAUCAUGGGCAAGGAAGGAAGACAAGCUGUAAGAAACAGUGACUAUGCAAUAGCACGGUUUAAAUUCCUCUCCAAGUUGCUUUUUGUUCAUGGGCACUUUUACUAUAUUAGAAUAGCAACCCUUGUACAGUACUUUUUUUAUAAGAAUGUGUGCUUUAUUACACCACAGUUUUUAUAUCAGUUCUUCUGUUUGUUUUCACAACAAACGCUCUAUGACAGUGUAUACCUGACUUUGUACAAUAUUUGUUUCACUUCCUUGCCUGUCCUCAUAUACAGUCUUUUUGAACAGCAUGUACAUCCGCAUGUAUUACAGAGUAAACCUGUGCUCUAUCGAGACAUCAGUAAAAAUGCCCAUCUGGGAUUUAAACCAUUUCUUUAUUGGACCAUCUUGGGCUUCUUUCAUGCAUUUGUUUUCUUUUAUGGCUCAUAUCUUCUAAUGGGAGAAGACACUUCUCUGCUGGGAAAUGGCCAGAUAUUGAAACCUAACAGGCAAAUGAUGUUUGGAAACUGGACAUUUGGUACUUUGGUCUUCACUGUUAUGGUUAUAACUGUUACGAUGAAGAUGGCACUAGAAACUCACUUCUGGACAUGGAUAAACCAUUUUGUUACUUGGGGAUCCAUUGUAUUUUAUUUCAUAUUCUCCUUGUUUUAUGGGGGAAUUAUCUGGCCAUUUUUACAUACCCAGGACAUGUACUUUGUAUUUGUUCAACUGUUGUCAAGUGGUUCUGCUUGGUUUGCCAUAAUCCUCAUAGUAGUUGCUUGUUUGUUUAUUGAUGUUGUGAAGAAAGUGCUGUACAGACAUCUGCAACCAACAAGUACUGAAAAAGCUCAGUUUACUGAGGCAGGUUCAGGUAUCAACUGCUUGGACUCCAUGUGCUGCUUCUCAGAUGGGGAAACAACAUGCACAUCUGUUAGAAGAAUGCUGGAACGACUAAUGGGCAGAUGUAGUCCAACCCGGGUCAACAGGUGUGGCAUUUCUCUCAAUAGCCUUUGCUGCAGGCGAUUCUCCUAUAAACUGGAACCUGAUGAGCCUGCAGCAAUAGAUGUCUAGCAAACCAGUUGCAGGUUUUGCUUAUUUAAGUAGGAAAUGCAACUCUUUACUGUAAAUCUUUCAUCCUAAAAGAGGAGUUUCUUGGUUUCUUGUUUCUUUUGGAGCGCUUUCUUUUGGGAUGGGGAGGGGGAAAAACAGUUUUCAAAAGAUUUCUGUUAAAACGUUAAGUUUGGAUUACUGCAAGUUCUUGUGUUGUAUCUAUCGUAAUUUCUCUUGAUUUGUACAUUCUUCUCUUUAGAAAAUCAAGCCUUGUUGCUGUUUUUGUUUUCCUUUUUAUGAUUUUUUUUUUUCUUUGGCAAAUCAGGAGUUGUUUGUAAAGUCGAAAGACUUUUCCCUUUAGUUCCUGAUGUACAACCUCCAAAUAUGUACCUUGGAGCUUGCAUUACUCCUGAAGAUAUACAAAAGACUCACGUUCCCCCCACCCCUUAAAUAUACUUCAUUGUUAGAAGGAGAGUCUUUAAAUCUUUCAGCCAUUGAUUGAUAUGAAGAUGAAAUAUUUUUGUAGUAUAACUUUUAUAAUCUAUUUCUAAAAUCAGAGUAAUUGACUGAACAGAGCCUGCAGGCUCUAAGAAUUUUAAACAUUUUUUUUUGUUGUUGUUCCGGAAGAUAUAUUGUCAAAUCCAUGUGUGCCAUUCCCAAGUAUGUGCUAAAUAAAUCUUUUUUCCUCACCAACCACAUGUGAAACAAACCUCAAUGGGAUCAAAGGACGUUAGAGUAAUUGAAUAUGUCUAAGGAGCAAUAUUGUUCUUGCAGUCAGCAUAACUGUGAGAAAAGCUCUUACUAGAUCUGCUAAUGUGCCAUCUCCCCAUUUCCAAAUAAAGAGGGACUGCUAACAAACAUGGAAAUAUUUGGGGGUAGAAAUAAAAAUAGUCUUUUGUACAUCAUAAUCUCUCAGUCCCUGAAUGAUAUCAUGGUCCUUCAUUGGUCAAAAGGCAAACCUGAGAUGGUUGCAUGUCACAUGUUUUAAAGGAAAUUCAUUUUGUAUCUGAACUUUGUCUCUUUUGGUUAAAGGUUGUGAUAUCAUUCAUUCAGUAUAAAAUCUUGUGUGGGUAAUUUUCACUGACAAGCUUUUGUCAGUUCUGAUUCUACCUUUAGGUAUUGACAUGGUGUGUAGUACAUCUCUGUUUUGAACUCUUGUGUUGAACACAGUGUCUGUGGUUUCAGUCUGUUUCUCUCUUCUAGCUUGCUUAUGAAAUUUAUUCAACGUUUCUACAAAUCUAGGGUAUGAUUAUGCAAAAUGCUUCAUUCCAUAUGAAAAAUGAACUGUUACGAUUAAGUACGUUUUUAAUUCAAACUCUUGCUGUAUAGAAAGUGGGCAUGAUGUAUAAAAUAAACAAUUUAAUAGAAUUUUUAAUCUACAAGGUGAACAUUUAAUUGGUCUAAAAAUCAACAUUUUGGCAGCAGUUGCUCUAAGUUUUUAGGAUUUUUUUUCCACUUCUUUGUAAAACUGUGCUUUCCAAAUGAGGAAUUUAUGCUACUUUUUUUCAUUUAUUAUUAUCUAAUUAGGGCAGAUUUUUAGUUAACCAUUUGCCUUAGUAACAUAUAGUCUUGUAAGGUAGGUAUUCGGUGUUUUAUUUUCUCCAGUGCAUUUACAUUUUUAAAAUUUCCUCUAUUUUCUACUCAAUUUUUCUUUCUUUAAGAACUUAGAAAUAUUUAUUAAAGAUAAAUCAUAUUUGACAGAAUAUUAAACACUUUUUGAAGACUGCUUUUUCUCAGGUUUCUUGCCAGUUUACCUCAUGUAAUUUUCAGAUGAAGUUCCAUCUAGCUGAGUAAUCUUAGAGUUGCUAGAACACGGAAGUUAGUAUUUUGUUUAAUGUAUAUGCGAAACAGUUGGUGCUACAGUAAGGGCUUGAAGUUCUGUAGUUUUUGCUUCUGCCUCUGGUUGAAAUGACUGAACCAUCUUCUAGUUUCACUUAAACUUACGUACAGUACAACUAGAAAAGACACUGUUUAAAAUUUCAGUCUUUCUUACUUUCUUUGAUAACUUCAGUUUCUUCCACUCAGCACUGACACUGAAAACCUAGUCUAAAAGUCAAGGUACUAAGAUUAUUUUUUCCCUUACACUUUCCUGGUGAUAUUUGAAAGUCUUUGUUGAUCUUUUAAUGUGCAAAUUGCUUAAAUCACAUGAGGCAGUUACAGGUUGUGAAAUGCUGAAGGUACAGUUAAGAAAUCUAUUUGAUGAUUUUAAAAUGCUUUUAAAAUUGAUUAGCAUUUGUUGAUGAGCUGGAGUUGCUUUCAUUUUUACCUAAAGCUGAUAUCUUUAGAAGAUCGCGCAAUCCCAAACAGGAUGGCCUUUUGAGCACUUACGUUUUAUAAAACAGCUUCUUAUUCAACCAGAGGGUAGCUGCAAAUCAUUUUUCUUGAAUGAAGUGGUGUUGGUAAAAAAGUUGUCUACGAGAGUGCUGUAGAACGAAGAGCACUGUUUUAAAUGUUGCUGUAGUAGCGCGUUGUAUUCUGUGCUCCUGAUAUUCUGUCAAAUAUGAUAUUGUCAGAUACGGUAACUGAACAUGAAAUCAAACGUGGUAUCAAAUAUUGAUAGAAACUUUGAUGAAUCAAGGUAGUACAAAUGCUUGGAGUAGUGGGCCACAGGAAUAUACACUCUCUUGUACUUAAUGCUUGUAAAAUGUAUAUGAGAAGUAUUUUCUAUAUAACUUCAUUUACCAGUUAAUAUAUAAAUGUGUGGUGUGGUAUGAUAAAAAUGCAUUUUUGUCUGUCUGUUCCAUCAAAUUGUCUGUCAACUUGUCAGUCACUAAAAUAUUAAGAAUGCUGGAUUACA